AUACUCUUGUCUUCUGAGGUUGAAAACGAUCUUAAAUGAAAGAAUGGACACCGUAGGAGAGGACGAACCGGACCCUAUAAAGCUCAAGUCUAUCAAGAACAAUAGAACAUUCACAGUGCCUCAAAAUGAUAGGUUUGGGAGCUGCAGAAGUGUUAGAGAGUUUGAGAAAUUUAAUCGCAUAGGAGAAGGAACUUACGGCAUUGUGUACCGAGCCCGAGACACCAAGUCAGAUGAGAUUGUGGCAUUAAAGAAGGUCCGGAUGGACAAAGAGAAAGAUGGGAUCCCAAUCAGUAGCCUCAGAGAGAUCACCCUGCUGCUGAGGCUGAGACAUCCCAACAUAGUGGAGUUGAAAGAAGUGGUUGUUGGCAGUCAACUGGAGAGCUUGUUUCUGGUGAUGAGUUAUUGUGAACAGGAUCUGGCCAGUCUGCUGGAAAACAUGCAGACACCGUUCUCUGAGGCUCAGGUGAAAUGUAUCGUCCUUCAGUUGCUCAGAGGCUUGGAGUAUCUCCACCACAACUUCAUUAUACACAGGGACCUGAAGGUGUCUAAUCUGUUGAUGACAGACAAAGGCUGCGUUAAGAUUGCUGAUUUUGGGUUGGCCAGGAUGUACGGCAUCCCCCAGCAGCCCAUGACGCCUCGAGUUGUCACACUGUGGUACAGAGCUCCAGAGCUCCUCCUAGGGACCAAGACUCAGACUACAGCUCUGGACAUGUGGGCUGUCGGCUGUAUCCUGGCUGAGCUGCUGGCGCACAAACCUCUGCUGCCUGGAACCUCUGAGAUCCAGCAGGUGGACCUGAUCGUUCAGCUGCUGGGAACACCUAAUGAAAACAUCUGGCCAGGUUUUUCUAAGCUGCCCCUCAUUGGUCAGUACAGUCUGAGGAAGCAGCCGUACAACAACCUGAAGAAUAAGUUCACUUGGCUGUCUGAUGCUGGACACAGACUGCUCAACCUGCUCUUCAUGUACAACCCACAGCGCAGAGCUACUGCCAAAGAUUGUCUGGACAGUUCCUACUACAAAGAGAAGCCUCUACCCUGUGAACCAGACCUGAUGCCAACCUUCCCCCACCAUCGCAACAAGCGGGCAGCUCCUCCGGCAGAGAGCCACUCAAAACGGAGCAAAGUGUGAUGGAAGGUGGAAAAGAUGAGACAUUGGACUCAGGGACGACCCUGAGGUGGGGACAUUCUCAAGAUGGGAUGUUGGUUUCUAUUCACACAGCGUGCAUGGAACGUAGAUCUGCUCAUGAGGAGUUUAGUAUCAGUUCCAACUCAAAGUCACGUUUGCAUUGCUGGACUUGCACAGUGUUCAGUAUAAUGCCACAGAGAUCAUGUGAACAUGUAAAAAGACUGUAAGCGUACGUUCUCUUAUGUAGAUCCAGGUGUUGGCAGCUUAUCUUACUGUUCAUAGGUUCAGUAGAAAUCUCUUCUCUUAGGUAUAUUUCCUAAUAUUCAUAUUGCUGCCAAGGUCUGCACACUAAAUGAAGUGAAAGUAAAGAGGACAAAGUUGCCUUGACAACAAUGCUAAGGCAUUUUGUCCUUUGUGUUGAGCAUUUUAGAUGUUCCAUUAUAACUGCUACUCUGUUCUGAUCCUAACAUCAGGAGAAGAAAGCUGUGGAAAGGCAUGACAAGGAGGAACUAAACCCACUUGCUUGAGGUCUGCUGAGGGCCUCUCUGCUUUUUAAAUCGCAUUAGAAAACAUUGAAGUAGAAGAAUCUGCCUUUACGAUUCAAAGAAAACCAGUUUGUGGCAACGUAAAUAGAAUAGUAGCCUUAAGAUCUCAGGUUUGGUCCUCGCAAUCAUCAUGUGUCGAUGACUGUCAAAGUGUCCUUUAGGUGAAAUAUCUGCUCGCUUUUGUUAGUUUUUAAAGGAAUGGUUUGAUUUUUGGGGGGAAAAAAGCGUAUUUGCUUUCUUGGAGUUGGAUGAGAAGAUUGAUACCACUGAGUGUCUGCACGCUAAGCUAAUGGCCUGCUGGCUGUAGCGUUAUAUUUACUGUACAGACAUGAGUCAUAUCAAUCUUCUCAUCUAACUUUGGGCAAAAAAAGGGAAUAAGCAUUUUUUUCAAAAUGUCAAAGUAUUGCUAUUAGAGCCUCAACUUGAAUGCCUAAAACAUACUUUAAAUAAAUAAGCUGGGGCUUCAUUAGUAGAAAUCCCUGAGAAGUGGCGCUACAUGGUGGGUUUGACACCUGGCUGUCAAGCAAAAGGUAGAACAUCAGUUAUUUCUGACAUGAGACUUAACUGGGAUAGAUACUGAGAAUGUUACUGUAGAACCUGUAAAUGUCUUUUAACCAUCAGCUGUUGAACAUAAUAAAGAUGUCAAACCAG